GCACGGGCAACGCAUCUUUCACAGUAUCCCUUUUACUAUCUUCCAUACCUUGCUUUACAUUUUCUUUAUCCUAUGCAACAAAGUCUUUGAAGAGGAUUUUUUGCAAUCCGUUCAAACUUCUAUCAUCAUUGAAAAUCUAAAAUACGUUUUUCGUUAGUGGUCUGAGCACUCAGUUUUCAGUGGAAAACUCGUUUCUUAAAAAAGAAGAUAUCAAGAAGCAAUUGAAGAAAUAUCGAAACAUCUUCAGUUUUCUAGUCAUUUCUUAGGAGGAAGAAGUUUCCGGAUCGGAGUAGCCAAGUAGUAUAACGUAAGUAUUAUACUACUAACUCGUUGAUCUCACGAUUUUGACUUUGUCGUUUCGCUCCUAACAUCCAUUCUGCGAUAUAAUAUCCGUUUUACCUAUUUCGCGCAAUCCUUCUAAUGAUUUCUGCCACGCCAGCCAGAAGCGAGUCUUCCUCGAGUCAUCUCGAGAAGGAUUUCGGAACUUCUGAGACCGCAAAAGUUAAUUACAAGCAUUCUAAAAGGAUGUACGGCCCUCUCAAUUACACUUCUACUCCUUCCAUUUUUACUCGUGCUCAUCAACGAAACAAUGUAGACUUUACUGGAUUCUUUGUUCUGUUCUGGGUUUCCGUUGCCAUAAUGAUUCUAAUCAACUUUUUGGACAACAUGGAAAGAACAGGACAACUUUUUGGAAACAAUAUCUUUCAAUUCUUCAAGACAAAUGUAUUGGAUCUCGCAAAGGCAGACUUAUUUAUGUCUUCACUGUUUUUUCUGUCCUAUCCAUUCCAGAAAUUGUUUUCUUCAGGUGCCCUCUCUUGGUAUGGUUCUGGCAUUUAUAUAUACACCGUCUCUAUUUUUGCGUUUCUCAUGCACAGUAUAUUGCGGUGCUGUUUAAGUGACUGGUCUUGGACUCAUCGUUCUUUCUUUAUCCUCCAUUCCAUCCUCAUUUUAAUGAAAACCCAUUCUUACAACACAGUAAAUGGGUGGUUUUCGUAUUGCUAUCAUCAAGUGCAGGGACUUCGCACAAGGUCGAUUUCUCUUUCCGAGCACGACAAGAGAAAUUAUAAGCUUUUUGAAGAAUCAAUCUAUGAACACGGUAAACGUUAUCCUGCUAACUUAACAUUUACUAAUGCUCUAACGUUUUUAUUUAUGCCUACCUUAUGCUAUCAAUUGUAUGUUCCUAGGACACCUCAGAUUCGCUUUACGUAUUUACUCGAGUGUGCUUUGGGAACGUUUGGCUGUUUAUUUUUGUUAGUGAUUAUAUCGGAAAACUACAUGAUUCCUAUUUUACUUCGCGCUAUCAAAUGGAUUUUAGAAGCUCCAGAGGAAGCUUCUACCUAUUUCUUUGUACUCCAAUUAGGUAAAACUGUCACCUAUCUUAUGUUUCCUUUCAUGUUAAGUUUCCUACUAGUAUUUUGGGUCAUAUUUGAAGGCAUCUGUAACUUCAGCGCCGAAAUCACUCGAUUUGCUGAUAGGAAUUUCUAUGAUGAUUGGUGGAAUUGUUGGACUUUUGACCAAUUUGCUAGAACCUGGAACAAACCGGUUCACUACUUUUUAUUUCGACAUGUUUACUCUCCGUUUAACAACAUCUUUUCCAAAUUGACAUCUACCACGCUUACUUUUUUUGUUUCAUCUGUCUUGCAUGAGUUAGUAAUGGCAUGCAUUACAAAGAAAAUUAGAGGUUAUGGCUUAUUUUUCCAAAUGACCCAAGUACCAUACAUAUUGAUUCAACGACAGAAAUUCAUUCGCAAGCAUCGAUUACUUGGAAACGUUUUCUUUUGGGUUUCUAUCCUCAUUGGAAUUACACUGAUUGGUGUUCUCUACAUUUUAUACUAAAGAAAUAUGUUAGUGGCUGGUUUUAGAAGAACGGAAACAAAUGAAAUGUGCAUCAGCGGCCUUGACGUAUACGCUCUUUUACACAGAACAUAUUGAUCCUUAGAAAACCUUUUUUUUUUUUUUUUAGUUUAUUUAUUUUAUAAAAUGU